AUGCAUCCAUCGAAAUUCCUGGUAAACUCUUCUAAUUGCUCGGUUGCUCACGACACUUACAUCAAUCUCAACCAUGAAUGUCAACAAAUUAUCAAUGAUAUGAAAAGUCAAAUAUUCUUCGACCACGAUUUGGAAUAUCGCCAUCGCAUGUUCCUCUUAAACAAUCGUACAACUAUUGAAUAUAAACCAAUUGAGCUGUUAUUCGAUCGGAUCAAUCAAUUAAACGUACCAUCAGAUGUUCGUGAAAGGUUACUUUGCAAUCUACACGAGGUCAGCAUGGCUUUCACUCCUGUCGAUAUCUACAUCGACGACAACAAUCGUUUUCGUCCUGAUUCUGAUUCAGAAUCUGAAUCUCAAGGAGAAUUACUCGUUGAUCAUCCAAAUAGUGAUAUCAAUUCGACUGAUGGUAGUUACGAAUACGACGUUCCAGAGAAUAUCCAACUCGAUGAUUAUCAACUCGAGCAUGGCGUUGGUGUUAUCGCCAGUGAUCUUACCUAUCCAAACACAAAAACUAACGGUGACUCUGAUUGUGAUCUCUAA